AGCAAAGAGAAUAAAAGCCGCCGCAUAUAUCAUGAAUGAAUGAAUAAUAUUCAUUCUUCUUCUUCGAUUCACCUUGUUGGGUAUAUACAGUACUAAUUAAUUAAAAUUUCUUCUCAUCUCAUCCGUAAUAAGUGAUAUAAAUAUGAUGGGUUAUGGAUUGGCCGUGGCAUCAGCAGCCGCGUGGGGCGUCGGAUUGAUGAUCUUUAUUUCAGUGGCGGCGGGGGCGGCAGGGGCAGCAGAGGAGUUACUGUCAGCAUAUAACCUGACGGGAGGCGGCGGCGGCGGCGGCGGGUGUGGCCUGUUCUACGGGAAAUGGGCGGUGGAUGGAACCUAUCCUCUCUACAACAAUAAUGGCUGCCCAUUUAUUGACCCUCAAUUCGACUGCCUUAAAUAUGGACGCCCGGAUAAAUCCUUCCUCUAUUACACGUGGAAACCCGCCGCCGCCGCCGCCGGAUCUUGCAACUUUCCCAGAUUCGAGGGAGGGGAUUUGUUGAAGAGAUGGAGGGGGAAGAAGAUAAUGUAUGUGGGCGACUCACUGAGUCUGAACAUGUGGCAGUCAAUGGCUUGCAUGCUUCAUUCCGCCGCCGUCGCCGCCGCAAGGGCUUCCUUUUCCUAUGCCAGGAACGCCCCCAUUCCCUAUGUUGCCUUCAAGGAUUAUGACCUAACAAUACAUUUCUAUCACUCAAAUUACUUGGUGGAUUUAGUGAAGGAAACUAAAGGUAUGGUAUUGAACUUGGACUCCAUCCAACAAGGGGGAGAUGUAUGGAAAUCAAUGGAUGUUCUCAUCUUCAACUCUUGGCACUGGUGGACUCACACCGGAACAUCUCAACCAUGGAAUAUUGUCCAAGAUGGAACAAAUUCAUACAAAGAUAUGGACCGUUUGGAAGCAUUCCGCAAAGGAUUAACAACUUGGGGAAAAUGGGUUGAUCAGAAUGUUGAUCCUCAGAGGACCAAAGUCUAUUUCAUGGGAAUUUCCCCUUCACAUUAUAUGGGUAAGGAGUGGGGCUCACCAAGCAAGACCUGCAGCGGCGAGAAAUUGCCAGUGGAAGGAUCAAUGUAUCCAGCAGCAGCAGGAGAAGCAAUUGGACCUGAAGAAGUGGUUAAGAAAGUCUUGAAUGGAAUCCGCAAACCGGUUUAUCUGCUUGACAUCACGCUUUUAUCAGAGUUGAGGAAAGACGCACACCCGUCAUAUUACAGCGGGGACCACCCGGGCUUGGAUUGCAGCCAUUGGUGCCUUCCUGGAGUCCCUGAUACCUGGAACCACCUCUUAUAUGCAUCUCUAUUACAAUGAUGACGAAGAUGAUGUUUUUUUCAUGUCCCCUCCUUAACUUGUUCUCCUUACCAUUGUAUAAUCAAUAACAUUCCACUCAUUGAUCAUGCGGAUAAGCAUUGGUUGUAAAUUCAUUGAUUCUCAAGUAAACUCAUUCAUUUGUG